AUUGAAUUCAAACUAGUUGUUUUUGUUGUGUGUAGAUAGUAAAAUGAAUGUGAUGGUUUUACCUGAAUUAUUUGCGAAGCAUGUUCAUUUUACAAGUAUACAUUCGGUGUAUCUCUUAAACAAAUAUAAACAUUUAAUUAAAUGGAAAAAUAAUCCAUCAAUUAUGGAAUUUGGUUUUGGAGAUGGCGGUACUUCGGCUGCCGCAUUACAACCACUCAUUCCACAUGAUUGUAAGGAGUUUAUAGCUGCAGAUGUCUCCCAACAAAUGGUCAAGUAUGCAGAGCAGAAUGCGAAAUUACCAGAAAGGGGAAAAAUUAUACAAUUCAAUAUUAGUGCACAAGAUAUUCCAUUGGAAUUUCAAAAUCGAUUUGAUCAUAUUUUUAGCUUCUUCACGUUCCACUGUAUACCAAAAAAUAACGCGAGUAAAGCAUUCGACAACAUUCAUAAAAUGUUAAAACCGGGAGGUCAAACUUUCCACAUAUUUCUUCAACCUACACCUCUAGAUGUAGUUUACUGUAAUUUAUCAAAACAUCCGAAAUGGAAAAAAUAUGAACAAGAAUCUAUGCUGUCACCGUACUUUCUACAGAAAAACAAACAGAAUGGCUGCAAAAAAGAUCUAGUUAACGCGGGAUUUAAGGAUAUUGAAAUGAGAGUGGAAGACUUCGUUUAUGAGUUUCCGUAUGAAGAAGCGUGGAAAGAAAACUACAUUGCAGUAAAUGGAUCGUACGCGUCUAUCCCUCCUGAAGAGCAAGAAGAAUACAAGAAAUGUUUUUUCCAGCAUAUCAAGGAGAAAGUUAUAAUUAAUAAUAAUGAUGAUAAUCGAUUUCCAAGAGUGAAAUAUGAUGUUAUGGUUGUUUGUGCGAAAAAAUGAAACCAAUAUUGAUAGUCUAUAUCAGUGGUCGGCAAACUUUUAAGCCAAAUAGUCAAUAUAUGAACAAUGGAAGACAAAACUCUGUUUGUUUAGUUAACUUUAUUACACUGAAUAAAACUAAAUU